AUGCUGGGCCGUCACUGGUCAGUUCGGAGGCUGCUCCUGUCCCGUCCGCGCUUCCUGCCGUGGCGUGCUCAAGUCCAGUACCUCGAACCUUGCAAGUCGUGUGUGCCAAUGGCGUUAAUCGAGAACUUCGAAGUCUCUCCGUUGAAUAAGAAAUCCAAAUAUGUCACACCCUUUCGCAUACACUAUCGAAAGAACGGUGUUAAUCGCUGUUGGGACGGAGUGAAGGCUCAUGAUGGAGUUUCAAUCCUCAUUUACAACAGGGACCGAAAGAGCUUUGUUUUUGUAAAACAGUUUCGUCCAGUGGUUUACUAUGCUCUACUACGGAAACUCGAGGGGGAGAGUGUAACCGCCGUUGAAACAGAGCCUCACACGCCGACCACUGCCGAUGGGUGCCCAAUUCAUCUCCCCUCCUCUAAGGGUGAAACCCUGGAACUGUGUGCCGGGAUUGUUGAUAAGGCAGCCGCCACAUUGGAAGAGACAGCUGUUAGCGAAAUUCACGAGGAAUGUGGGUACCGCGUGAAUCCCUCAAUGUUGAGAAAAGUCACCACUGCGUGUGCUAGCGUGGGACUGAGCGGCACGACCUCCUCAGUCUUCUACGUGGAGGUUGGCGACGCAGAUUUGGACCUCAACGCGGGAGGUGGCAACCCCGAAGAGGGUGAGUUCAUCGAGGUGAUCUAUUGGCCUGUGGAACGCGCAGACGAGUUGUUGUUCCUCACCGAGACCAGUACACCGGUGUCAGCUACCGUUGUGCUUGCGGUGCUGUGGUUCCAGCCCACGCCUAGAGCGGAAGCGCCGGACACUGAAUCCGUGAAGACGGUGUUUGGGUUGAGAACGCGGGAACUAGCUCCCCUUGAGGCUAUACCACGUUAUCAGUGGUGUACACUUCCCCUCCUCCCCACUUAA